UUUUUUUGACGGUGCUAUGAAUGAACAACUAUCCGUAAAAACCCGAGGACCCCGGACAAGACGAUAACGGAAAUCGCGGGGCGUUCCGCAUGCUCACUCGUGGAGUGUCCUCAAGCGAUGUUUGUCGCGGGCAGUGAUAAGGAAACAAUGUGAAAGUCCGCGCUUGCUUAUAAGCGUUCGCCGGUGAAGCACCUCGCAUCGCUCGAAAGCACAGGCGCUUUCAAUGAUGGCCUCAGUCGUUGCCGCAGUCCUGCUGUGCGGAGCAUUCCUAGCUCCAACCUGCGCACAAGAUGCCGAACUUCGGCACGCUCGGGCCAACAACGGUUUCGGCGUUGCGCUCUUCAAGGAACUCUGUUCGAAGACGGCGGACCAGAACGUUUUCUUUUCGCCCGCGAGCGUCAGCAUCGCCUUGGGAAUGCUGUACGCCGGAGCUGCGAGGGAGACCCUCGAGGAGUUGUCUUCCGUUCUGGGACUCUCGAACGCCGGGCUGGUCGACAGGGACGUCGUGCUAACGGCGUACAAGUCGCUCCUCGAGACGAAGCCCGCAAACGCCACGUUGGACAUAGCCAACACGGUCCUCAUCCAGAAGGACUUCGAGAUCCUGGACCAGUACAGAAGUGACGUGGUCAAGUACUUCCAAGCAGAGGUGAGGUCGGUGGACUUCGUUCGGGAUGGCUCCAGUACGACGGCCGAAAUUAACGAAUGGGUGAAAGAGAAGACCGAGGGAAAGAUCCCGAAGCUCCUGGACGAGGCUCUGCCGAUGAACACCGCCGCGUUUCUCAUCAACGCCGUCUACUUCAAGGGGACGUGGGUGACCAAGUUCCGAGCGCGGGACACCAAGCCGCUACCUUUCUACAACCACGGUCGAGACGAGGUGAAAGUGGCCACCAUGUCGAUUCGUCGGCGAUUCGGCUACGCCGUGGUGGACGAACUGGAGGCGAGGGCCUUGGAAGUCCCUUACGCGGGAGACAGGUUCAGCAUGGUCAUCGUGCUUCCGAAGAGCAGGACCGGGCUGCGGACGGUCGAAGCCCGCCUGACAACCGGCUUGGUGGACAAGAUCGUGAAUCACCUGACACGGGGAGAUGUCCAGCUGUGGCUGCCAAAGUUCGAGCUGCGUACCGACUACGACCUCGUGAAGCCGCUCCGUCGGCUGGGGCUCGAAAGCGCCUUUGGCAACGGUGCGGACUUCUCGGGCAUCAGCGGCAGGAGCGACCUGGCGGUGUCCGACGUCAAGCACAAGGCCAUGGUGGAAGUUGGCGAGGAAGGCACUGUGGCUGCUGCCGUCACGUCGGUCCGUAUGAGGUGGAAGACAACAAGCGUUGGACGCCUGCCUCCCAUUGCGUUCCGCGUCGAGCACCCGUUCGCGUUCUUCAUUUGGGACAAAGUGAGCAUGCAGGCGCUUUUCAUGGGGGCAGUUAGGAGUCUCAACUGAUCCGUCGCUACGUUUACGUGUAACAAAGUGCCUCAAACGUUCCCCACGAGUGUGUGAGCAAUUUGCAAACUUGAGUUAGUACAUCGUAAUUGUACCGCGAGACAUUCGCUUCGACGUCGUCGCUCGAAUUCCACGCGUUGCGUUGGAACUUCAAAUGCAAUCGACCAAUAAAUCAUUUUCUGCGGAUAGAGAAUUGGGUUCCCGUCUUUUAUCAUUAAGGUUAUGUAACCUGAACUCAACCGGACGUAACUAAGGACAAGUGCAGGUUGGCAACUGCCGCCUGAAGGGGCACAACAAACUCCUUGUUUUUUCUCCUCUUGUUCGUUUCAUUUAUUGAGCUUCAAAUGUAUACGCAAUUAAUUCGCUUCCUGCGUCACUCAGGUUUUGGCCAAUACACUUUUAUGGCCAUGCGCCAAGGAUUGAGGUCAUUAUCAUCAUCAUCGCCUGCAACGGUGGAAAAGAGAGGCUAGUUGCUAUCGCCGUCCGGAAUAAUUCUAGCGCAUACCCACAGUGGGGGAUUGGCCAUGAAUGAGGCGGUUAAAAUACAGGCAUGAAGACGAGAACACACACACACAAAAAGAUGGAAAUAGUUAUUCUAUAUAAAAAAUGUAGUGUGCAGGAGGAAGUGAAAAAAAGAAGUCUUGUUUAGUUCUUUACUAUCCUCAAUCAACACUUGUGUGUACAGCUUCAACGCCCACAUAAGUAAGCACAUAUCUCACAUGCGCGAGUCGAUUACCCUAAUUUCUGAAAAGGAUGCAGCCGUUUACCGCGUUCGUCAACGCCACUCGAUCAGAACAUGGCUGGUAAAGGUAUCUAAAAUAGUACUGCCACAAUCUCACAAGAGAUCGAAGCAGGAUAAACACGUACGUAUUUUACGGAGUUUUUAAAAAUGGCCUGUUGCAGGUAACAUAGUGCUAUUCCUUGAGCUGGGUUUUUCAUAGAGUCGGACAUUACUUGCACGAGAAAUCGAAGCACAUAUUCAACUAAUUAGAAACUUUCACUAAUUAACAUAAUAGUUGAUUACCUUACAUAUUGCAAUUUAGGACGUGUAGCCACUUGGAAUGAACUUCCAAAAUGACACCACUUUGGAGGUAUGCGACAUCAGAUGCCGUAAAAAAAUGCAGCGUUCCAUUUACUAAAAACGCUCGUGCAUUGAAGCACAGAAGUAACUGAAACGCCGAUGUGUUUUGUCUCACACUUUGCGAAAAACUCCAGAAACAGGUGUUAUUCUGGAGAUUAAUUUCAAAUGGACACUUCUUGCAAACUCACCACCAUGCAAUUCGUAAAUUGCGAUACGUGCAGUAAUGUAAUUAAUCAAGAAGCGAAAUCGUCGUCAACCUGGUGCGCUGACGGCUCACCAUAAUGACAUGCGCAGCAGUUUCGAUCUAGAACCAUAUAUGACAAUUCCAGAGACAUAGUUUCAGAAUGGUGAACCGUUGGUCUUAUUUUGGCACCGCUAUUUUUUACAAGGUUUGAUCGAAACAAGAACCUCAUCUUGCCCAAAGCCCGAACUAACUGCGGCAAUGUAAACCAUUCAUUUCAUCGCUUUUUCAUUGUGGAACUGGGUGCGAUUUGUUUUGAACUUAGUGACACGUACUACACUCCUUAAUCACGGAAUUGAGGUUUAUCUUGCGUAAGACGAAUCGCAACAUAGUUUAUUUCUUUUGUGCAUGUAUUAUAUGCAUCCGUUUGCAUUUUCAUUGUUAAUUAAAAUAAUUACGACUUGUUACGUUCGAUUAGGAGACUUGGAUGUGCUGGCUGGUUGCUGGCUUUAUGGACAUUAUAUUCGAUUUACCUGCGGAAUAGUUAAAACAUUGUCUCGUUUAUGUCUAAGUUGUCUUUGCUAUUGCGUUGUGUUUUUACGUCUAAAAAAUAGAUUAAGUUUUCUGUUUACUCGUUGAUUACGAACCUCUUUGUAUAAAUGCGUUUUUUUCGUGAUGCCUUGGCAUGUUCUGAUAAUUGCUGCCAUUCUGAUUUGUUUGCUACUUAACAUAUUUUUUUACUGCGGCUACUAUUGCUUCGUUACUUCUCUUUCCCUGUCUACCAUAGACAAUUCGGUCGCUGACUCCGAAACGCGCACCUUUCCUCUAUAUUCCGUUCUCUAAUUAACCACAACCGUUUGUGUAUAGUAAUAAAAUCUUAUUCUGAA